AUGAAUUACGGUGAUGGAUAUUAUGAUCCUAGAGGAGAUCCAAGGAUGAAUGCAAUGCACCAACAGUACCAGGUUAGAAAAACCCCGUUUGACUUGUAACGGUUUUUGCCAUGCUUAUGAGCUGAAAUCUUAUGCAUUUACGCGUAGAUAAAUAUAUUUAUCUUCAGCAUAUAUGUUGAAGGACGAACGGUUUUUGUAAAAGAAAAACGGAAUGGGGCAUUAUGCAAACUAUUAACAAACCGUUUUAAAUUCUGCAACAGUCAUGGAAUAGAUACGUUGUGAUAAUUUGUCUAGCUAACAAUAGUUGUGUCUUUUCGUAUAUUUAAUGAGAGUAUACACUUAAAAGCUUUUAAGUGCACUAGUAGUAAUUCCUACUAGAGCAUAAAUUGACAGAUUUGAAGCAAUUGAAUUAUGACUUAAAAACUUUGUUAUUAGACAUUCUUAUUACAAAAGGUGAAAAAGGAGUAUUUUUAAUCUCAUCUGCUUUAGUUUUUUCUCCAAAAAUUUUUCAGACACUUAGGACUCUGUAGCAAAACCCACGUGGUUUACAAAGGAUAAGAGGUGCACUCUAAUUUGUAGAAUUUAUUCUCUUUGGUGGAUACUAUAUAUUUACAAGACUUAAUUUUACAAUAACGGUCAGUUUCCGCAGCAACAUCUUUCGCGAUACAACGGGUAUCCUCCGAUGGGAAUGCCUCAGCCCGGAAUGAUGAACGGUAGCAUGGGUAUGCCGGGGAUGAUGCAGGCUGGGAUGAUGCAACCAAUGGCACCCCAGACGGGUCUUAUGCCGUAUGGAGCAGCUAUACCUCAGAUGGGAAUGACUCCGCAGGCAAUGCCAGGAAUGAUGCCUUAUCAGAGCAUGAUGAUACCUGCCUCAUACAAUGGCGCACCUGCUUACGGACAGCCAGCAACGAUGCCGGGCCAAAUGCAACCCACGCCUAUCUUCCAGUUUCAGUUCACUCCUGCUAAACAGCAGCCGCAACAACAGGGUAGGAAAUAAUGCAUUGUUUAUGUAAGUGAAAAAUAAAUGCUCAGAACUGCCACAAUGAAAGAACUUUUCUGAAGCGAUUCUUCCCGGCAUCAAUAGUGUCAGCCACCUAUGAUAAAAGUCUGACAACUUUUAGAAACCGAAUACAACUACGUAAUUAAGUGGAUCUUGCAGUGCCUAAACGCAGAAUUUCACGCGCGGUUCUAUGUCGGUUUCCUGUGUAAAGUUAAAUAAACCGCAUAUGUGGAAAAUGUUUCAACACACCUAAGGAGUUGGAGUUAAUAAAAAGCUCUGGAAGUUGCUUCGUUAAAAAGAAGCACGCGGACGAGUGAAAUACAUCCAUAUCUUGAGAUGAACAAACAGUCAUCAAAAAGGCCCCAUAACCAAUGAUCUUGGAUAAACAAAGUAUGAGACCUUGUUUAGUACCUACCCGAGCAGUUUGUAGGACGACACAAUGUACUGGUAUAAGGAAAAGCUGUUAACUUUAGAGAGGAGAAUCUCAGCAAGCGAAUAAAAAAGGAGACGCUAGGACUAGAAAAGGCAUAAGAGAAUCUUAAUCGGCAUUUUUAAUUAGUCAAAUCGCAUAGUGCGAGAAGCUAUGCUUGUGAGGUGCUUAUUUUAAAAGUAGAAACACAACUGAAGCAUGUCAACAUAGACAUAAAGUCCAUUAUCAAAGAUAUGAUAUUAAAAAGAAAGAAUCUACAUCAGUAAUUUAGUCGCCAGAGACUUUUAAAUAAAGUGGCCGCAUGUUUGCAGUUUUUACUUUUCCCCAGACGUCGGUCGCUAGCUUGGAGUAAACACAUCAGACUUGCAUCUUACGGGUUCAGUCGACUUGUUGAUGUAAAUGUUUCAAAAUUCAUCAGCUAAACCAAUUUUCAUUAACUGUCAAUAUGCGGAUAGCAUGUCUUCCGAUUUGUCAUCCGAACAGCUCUUUAUAAGUCAAAUCCAUCUCGGUAAUAGGUUUAUGAGACGGCUAACAAAAAUACACCAGCUUUCUUUGAACUACUGGCCACAUGUCAAAUGAACAUGCAUAGAUCUAAAAUUUAUAUUAAAUAAUAUUUGACAAAAGUACGUGAACUUUAACUAGGGCAGAUGAUUUCAUUAGGUUUGAAGUUGAAUUCCGGAACACUUUCAUCUACCUCAAGGAGAUAGUUGGACACGAGGCGAAUACUUAAAUUCAACUCUAAUGAAAGCAUUUCGCGUUGUCAACUGGUUUUUCCAAUACGAUAAGUCGAUAAAAUAUCUGAUCGUAUCUACCUCAUGGUCAUAUAAUGGUGCAAACGCAGACCGAGAUCAUUUAUACCAAUUAUAGUUUUAUAGUCAUCUUCAGAUAACCUUUUCGCAGGCUAAUUCUGCAGAUGAUCGAUUAGUUUUAGUGUAGUCAACAGACGCUUGCGACUUUAAGUUCGUUUUACCAUUUUCUCAACGUAACUCGAACUGAAAAGCGGAACUCGCAAAUGGGUGAUUACUGAGUCUGUUAGGUAUGAUUAUAACGCAGUUUUAAAUAGUUAUAUGGCUUCUUUUUCGAAAGUAAGGUGACCUUUCCAGCGUAUGUAAACGUUUUGAAAAUUCUCAUUUUUCUUUGGUAAAGAGCGGCUACUUUGUUUGAUAAGUUCAUUAUUAGAAAAUACGUAAGGAAUAUUAUCCAACCCACAUCCAAAUCUGUUUAAAAUCAAACAAGUUAUCCAUACAGGGCUUUGCGCAACAUAUUCAGUUGCACAAUGCAAACAGCUGUUUGAGUGUACCUUUCACGUUAGAGGGUGAAGAGUAACAAACUCUUUUCGACUCUUACCUAAAGUAGUUAAGCGAUCGUUACCUUACAGCCGGUACCGAGAGCCGAGCUACGCAAAUCCAAAAAAUACAUUUUGGUGUAAGUCAAUUCGACUAUUUAUAUUCCGCUUAAAAAUGACAAAAUCAUACGAGCGGUUUGGGUUUAAUGUGAGUACAUAAAUAAUAUCACCGUAACAAAUUUUUUUUAAAAGGAUGCAGGGUCUAAAUCAAACUAUUCCCUGACCCUCGCAACCCCACAAAAUAUAAAAUGCUCUGUCUUUCUCAUAAAAUCACCCAACGGCUUAGUUGUUAAGGUGUUUUAUUUUCUAAGUUGCACAGCUGAUUUAAAAGUCGGCAUCUGCAUCAAUAUUAGUAUCUGCUCUUGAGGACAUAUGGGCAUAUGUGUGUCAGCAAAAACAUCGAAUUAUGGAAGUAAGCACAUGUCGUGGUUAUUAGUGGCCUAAGGUCAGUAUACUUAGUGCCUAAUGUUUAUUGCUGAAAGAAAUGUUUUUUCUCCAACAAGCAGCGUAG